AUGGUGGCUACACAAGUUCCUUCUGAAGAAAAGGUCCUUGCCAUUCAUUCUGAACUAGUUGCCGCCCUAGGUCGAAAACGGGAUAUUGAGAAAUCCCUUCUUGAGCUUGAAGUGCAGCUCUACAACUAUGAAAGCUCUUUCCUUGAAAAGUAUUCACAAGGAAUAAACCUGCUGAAGGGGUUUAACGCGCCCUCCUUUUUUGGCACCACUGGGGAUGGCGCUGGCGCCGGCGCUUCGUUGAAUCGAAUCGACGAUUCAUUGAGAAUAUUUUCCAAUUCCUCAACCACCAGCCAUAAGAUAUCCACCCAUAACCCUAGAAAGGGAUCGAAUUCAGGAUCUAGAAAGACCGCCCUAUCCAAGCUCGAGGAUGAAGAUGAUCAAGGAGGGCUUUUCCAUACACGAAGGAAACGCUCGUCCGGAGGGCUACUGGUCCUUUCAGAAGAUUCAGAAUACGAGUGUGGAAAGGAUGGCGUAUACGAAGACGAGGAUAUAUCGUCACUCUGUUCUUCGACAGAUGAAGAGGCCCCGUAUGGCCAGGAUGACAACGACCAUCAAUAUAAAAGCAGAAAUGGAAUAAUCGAUGGCGACAGUUAUUUCAUCGAUGAGGAUGCCAUACCAAUACGUAACAAAAGUAGAACUAAAAAGAAAAGAUCUUGA